AUGUGUGUGUGUGUGUCUUCAUAUCUAUCUAUCUAUCUAUCUAUCUAUCUCUGUUUCUUCAUAUUUAUCUAUCUAUCUAUCUAUCUAUCUAUCUAUCUAUCAGUCUGUCUAUCUAUCAAUGUCUCUUUCAUCUAUCUAUCUAUCUAUCUAUCUAUCUAUCUAUCAGUCUGUCUAACUAUCUAUCAAUGUCUCUUCAUAUCUAUCUAUCAAUCUAUCUAUCUAUCUAUUUCUGUUUCUUCAUAUCUAUCUAUCUAUCUAUCUAUCUAUCUAUCUAUCUAUCUAUCCAUCUAUCUAUCUAUAUGUCUGUCUGUCUGUCUAUCUAUCAAUGUCUCUUCAUACCUAUCUAUCUAUCUAUCUAUCUAUCUAUCUAUCAGUCUGUCUAUCUAUCAAUGUCUCUUCAUAUCUAUCUAUCAAUCUAUCUAUCUAUCUAUCUAUCUAUCUAUCUAUCUCAUGUUCUAUCUAUAUCUAUCUAUCUAUCUAUCUAUCUAUCUAUCUAUCUAUCUGUCUGUCUGUCUGUCUAUCUAUCAAUUCUGUCUAUCUAUCUAUCAAUGUCUCUUCAUAUCUAUCUAUCAAUCUAUCUAUUUCUGUUUCUUCAUAUCUAUCUAUCUAUCUCUGUUUCUUCAUAUCUAUCUAUCUAUCUAUCUAUCUAUCUAUCUAUCUAUCUAUCUAUCUAUCUAUCUAUCUAUCAAUGUCUCUUCUAACUAUCUAUCAAUCUAUCUAUCUAUUCUAUUUUCUGUCUAUCUAUCUAUCUAUUUCUGUUUCUUCUACAUCUAUCUAUCUAUCUAUCUAUCUAUCUAUCUAUCUAUAUGUCUGUCUAUCUAUCAAUGUCUCUUCAUACCUAUCUAUCUAUCUAUCUAUCUAUCAGUCUGUCUAUCUAUCUAUCAAUGUCUCUUCAUAUCUAUCUAUCAAUCUAUCUAUCUAUCUAUCUAUCUAUCUAUCUAUCUAUCUAUCUCUGUUUCUUCAUCUAUCUAUCUAUCUAUUCAUCUAUCUAUCUAUCUAUCUAUCUAUCUAUCUGUCUGUCUGUCUGUCUAUCUAUCAAUGUCUCUUCAUACCUAUCUAUCUAUCUAUCUAUCUAUCUAUCUAUCUAUCUAUCUAUCAGUCUGUCUAUCUAUCUAUCAAUGUCUCUUCAUAUCUAUCUAUCAAUCUAUCUAUUUCUGUUUCUUCAUAUCUAUCUAUCUAUCUAUCUAUCUAUCUAUCUAUGUUUCUUUAUAUCUAUCUAUCUAUCUAUCUAUCUUUCUCGCUUUUUAG